AUGACAAACAAGGGAAAGGUGAUGCUUAUUCAUAAUGGUGAAAGGUAUUGGAAGAAUUAUCAGAACGGUGACAGAGUGUCGUGGAUAUGCUGCAACAGGCGGUCGUGUAACGCCAGAGUCACCACAGUAGGGGCUGAUGUGGUCGCAUUCAAGAACGAAGUUCUCCAAGAACUACCAGAACGGAGACAGAAUCUCGUGGAAGUGCAACAUUCGCGGCUGCAUCGCGCGCAUAUCAACGUUCCCGAAGAAUCGGUGGAGUAUUAUUUCGCUAAAAGUAAAUUCGGCAACCCGGUCCUAGUGAUGGGAUGCCACCGAUACAAAUUCAUGAAGGCACGGGGAGUGACAGCAACUAACAAGAUAAAGUUCGAGAUGACUAGGUUCGGCAAUCCCAUCAUAACUUGGGGAAAACACAGAUUCAUCAAGAAGCUGUCGAGGCGAGUGAAGACCUGGUGGGAGUGCACGGGCAGGAAGAGAUUCGGCUGUAGAUGUGUCGUGGUGACUGUCGACGAUAGGCUUAUUAAGAUGAACGGCUGGCAUAAUCACUAG